GCGGUAUUGUUUUCACACGCGUUCUCACACGUUGUUUUCCUUUGAAUUUACCAGCAAAACGAGCAAAAUAAUUAAAUAAAAUGAACCUACCUGCAAAAGUGGACGUGGAGAAGGACAAGCUGCGCCAGAUGCACUGCGAGUUCAAUCCCCUGUCCCGCUGCGACGGCUCUGUGAUGUACAGCCAGGGUGCCACAGUGGUUAUAGCGGCUGUUCUGGGCCCCAUCGAGGUCAAGACGCAGAACCUGAGCAUAGACGGCAGCUAUUUGGAGUGCAAUUACCGACCAAAGGCGGGGCUUCCUCAGGUCAAGGAGCGGAUUCGCGAGGCGGCCAUUCGGGAUGUUUUGGAACUGGCGCUGCUGGCCGAGGCCUAUCCGCGUUCCAAGAUGUCCGUGCAGGUCCAGGAGCUGGAGGAUCGUGGCAGCAUCGACGCCUGUGCCGUGAACUCCGCCUGCCUGGCCAUGCUCAUUGGCGGCCUGCCGCUGAAAUGCAGCUUCGCGGCCGUCCACUGCAUCAUCGACGAGAAGGGCGAGUAUGUCCUGGACCCCGACCAAAGUGAGACACUCCACCAGCGGGCCAGCUUCACCUUCGCCUUCGAUUCCGUCGAGGGAAACCUCCUGUUGGUGCAGACAAAGGGCGCCUUCAAAAUAGCCCAGUUCAACGAUAUCGAGUGCCUUUGCCGGGCGGCCAGUGCCGAGAUAUUUAAAUUCUAUCGCAGCCAGGUGGCCAAGUACCACGGCAGGAGCGAGGCGAUAGCAGAGAAGAAGGAGGAGUCCAUGGAGACGUAGGGCAACCCCAAGUAGCUAGGUACGAUUAAAGUUCGUUUUAUUGUA